UUGUGUUUUAAAAGGAAAGGCAAGAUGUACAACAAGGUUAGAAGACAGUACAAUUUUGCCCAGGGCUCAGCUGAAGAUGAAGGUCUUUCCAGUCGUUCUCCUGAUUUUGGCCUUUGGCCUAAUCUCAGAUGCGGUGAUUGUUCAUGAAGGAGGAUUUUCAUUCUCACUCGAAUCAGUAAAAAAGUUUUGGGACAUCCUGGCUAAUGGAGAAUCCUCCAAACAGACCAAUCUGUUGAGUGUGUUCAGCGCAGUUUGUGAAAACCCACUCCUCCCUGGGGAAUUUCAGCCUCUGUGCCAAAGCAAAAAUGCACAAGUUCAUUUCUCCAGUCUCGCAUGUCUCUCCAGGAAUAAUGAUAUUUGUGAGAUCUGUGGAUUUGCUGCUUGCACUGGUUGCUGAACAUGACUCAGUAUCAUGCGAGUACUUCAAGAUUCUCUCUCUCUCUCUCUCUCUCUCCAUACAUUCUACUUCUUUUUAGUAAAACAAUUUUUAAUGUUUAGUAAAAAAAAAAAAAGCAUUUUGUAUAUCUGUAUGGAAUCUGUCUUUGUGUGGUAAAAAUUAGUAUGCACAAUCACCAAUUGUAAUAAAUUGUGGUAAGAUUUAUAUAUGUUUAUGGUAGUAUUAUGUAUUUUUAUAUAUGUAAUGUUUAUCUGUUUUCUAUGUGUAUUUUUACUAGCAACAUUUAUGCAAAUUAGAAUCCAAUAAUAUAGAAAUCCAAGUUGAAAUAUAAUAUAUAAAUAUAAUGGAAAUCUCACUAACCAGUCUUCUAUGUCAAAGCGUUUGUAAACAUUGGAAUAUUAGUGUGAAAAUCAGAGAUACUGCGUGUUGUCAGAAAUAGUGCAUUACUGUAAAAAAUCAACACCAUGAUCAUGUAAUAAACAUUUUAUCACAA